GUGUCCGCAUCCCUGUCAUCCUCGUCAUAUUCUGAAGACACAAAACGCCCCAGAUUGUUACCCUCAAAAUCGUCAAACUCAUUCUCUUCCUUGUCUUCUCCAGGCUUUCCACUGCCACGGCCGGAGGCAGCCACAGUAAAUCGAUCCAAAAGGUCCGAUGUGAAUAAUCGGGCAGGCCCAAUAUCGGACUGCGUUGUGAAUCCAGUGGCACCACGGCCAAGCCCAGCAACAUAAUUGGAAGGAGGCGAAUUGGGGUUUAGGAGAGCUAGUGAGGCAUUGUGAUUUGGGGAUGAUGUUGAAUGGAUUACAGGAGAGAGAGGGUGGCGAAUUGGGGAUCGACUUUUUCAGGGAUAUGGUUUUCGAGUUGGGAGUCAAGAUGCCCGUUCUCACCCAUCUCUUAUCUUCAUCACCUUCAUCACCGAUCAUUGUUCUCACUCAUCUCUGAUCUUCAUCAACGAUUAUCAUGCUCCCCUAUCUCUAAUCUUCAUCGCCGAACGACCCUUUCCCGAUACUACUUGAAGGUGAGGAUGACGAUGGGCAAGAUGAUGAUGGCCGAACCUUGGCUAGGUCGUGGUGAGAACCUAGACAUACCCAGAUGGGUUCUCAUCGAGAGAACCAGAUCUGGGUUUUCUUCUUGAACCCAAUCUAGGUAUUAGUGAGAAGCCAAGCUAUAGGUUCUCAAUGGAAGAGCCUUAUGUUUUUAUUUUGUUUACUUUAUUCUUGAAUUCUUCUAGCCGAACUUAGGUUUAUUUUAAAUUGGAAAGCAAACCCAUGAAACCAUAUUUUUGCAGCUUCAAUUGAUCUGGGUUCUUAUGAAUUGUUUUGGGUUGUUUUGUUUUCAUACAAAUUGAUCGGGUUCGUUCCUUUUUUUUUUUUGUCCUAGCCAUCCUAAUUUCAUUUGUUUG